GGACGGAGCUCUCUAUGCCCACCCACUUCUGCAACAAAACCACCGAACUUUACAUUUAAUUCCUCAUUCUUUUCACUCUUUCCGCAUCGUCAUUUUCGCCACUCCCAACCCCGGUUCCCCUUUUCUUCUCCUUCUCCGUUCCCCCAUUCCUCUUCUCAAUCAGAAGAAGAAGAAAGGAGAAAACAACAACAUUUCUUGCACUUAAUUUUCCCAUUUUCAAUUUACCAAGUAAUGAUGAUUCCUGCUCAAUAUCUCACAAAAUCCCCCACCAAUCCUUCUCCUCCUCCUUUGUUAUACGCUUCUCGUCAUCAUUCUAACACUAGAGUUUCCGUCAUCAAAUGUGAAUCUCAAUCCCCACUGGAACUAAAACCCAACAAUUCCCUCAAUAAGACGAAUUUCAAGACCACGACCACAGGUGCGGGUGCUGGUGCUGUGGGCCCUCCUCCGCCGUACCCGGGCGGAGUGGGGCCUUAUACGGGGAGGGAUCCGAACGUCAAGAAACCAGAGUGGCUGCGGCAGAAAGCUCCGCAGGGGAAGAAGUACGAUGAGGUGAGAGAUUCCUUGUCCAGGUUGAAUCUCCACACUGUCUGCGAGGAAGCCCAGUGCCCUAAUAUCGGGGAGUGCUGGAAUGGCGGCGGAGACGGCGUCGCCACCGCUACCAUUAUGCUGUUGGGGGAUACCUGUACCCGGGGCUGUAGAUUCUGCGCUGUCAAGACGAGUAGGAAUCCCCCGCCUCCCGAUCCUAUGGAGCCUUACAACACUGCCAAGGCUAUUGCUAGCUGGGGAGUGGAUUAUAUUGUUCUAACCAGCGUUGAUCGUGACGAUCUACCUGAUGGGGGGAGUGGCCAUUUUGCUGAGACGGUAAAAGCAAUGAAGAUGCUCAAGCCUGAUAUUAUGGUCGAGUGUUUAACUUCCGAUUUUCGGGGUGACCUAGAUGCUGUAUCUGCUCUAGCUCGCUCAGGCUUAGAUGUUUUUGCCCACAACAUUGAGACUGUCAGAAGACUCCAACGUAUUGUUAGAGAUCCCAGGGCUGGAUAUGAACAAAGCUUGUCUGUUUUGAAACAUGCAAAGCUAGCCAAGGAAGGGAUGAUAACUAAAUCUUCAAUUAUGUUGGGACUGGGUGAAACUGAUGAGGAAUUGAAGGAAGCCAUGGCAGACUUGCGUGCUAUAGAUGUCGAUAUUCUAACACUCGGACAGUAUUUACAGCCAACUCCAUUACAUCUUACUGUCAAAGAGUAUGUCACCCCAGAAAAGUUUACCUUCUGGAAAGAAUAUGGAGAGUCUAUUGGUUUCCGAUAUGUAGCUAGUGGACCCCUGGUUCGAUCAUCGUAUCGAGCUGGGGAGCUGUUUGUGAAGACUAUGGUGAGAGACAGGGCAAGAAGCACAUCUUCUGCAUCUAGUACAUAGUUUUCAUUUGCUUUAGUAGUAGUAGUCCUGGCAAUGGUAGAUUUGAAACACGUUAUUUACUUGAUUAGAACUGCUUCUUUGUCUGCAAAUGGGCGAUGAGAAAGUGCGCUUUCUGAGAAGUUGGUCAACUUUUGGUGGUCGCAUAUUCAAUUUUGACAGGGUGAACAAAUAUAUAGGUGGAAGUACUUGUAUUUUCCAUUCUUCAUCUAGCAGGUCAUUUGUUUAUUUUUAUUUCUGCUUUGCUUCCAUAUAUAUGUUACUCAGAGUACAUUUUGGAUUUUGAUAAUCAUCGAAGCAGCAGAAGAGAUGGCUGGCACCUUGUACAUUCUUUAGAUUGGGCAAUAGAUGAAAAUUCGACACUUUGGAACGUCAUGAGGCGAUGGUUAUGGUUCAACACUCUUUAAGAUGAGCAGAGCAGAAACUGAAUCUGAAAGCUCAUCCUUGUUUUCUUGAGGGCUUCAAAAUCUAUUGCCUGAACUGAUGCUUAGAUCUGAUCUAAACUUAUCCAAUCUGCUAUUAAUAUCCACAUACAAUUCAUUUCAACUAGUAGUAUAAAUUUACUACAUGUACCAACAGCACCUUGUACAUUGACAAGUAAUUAUUUUGUUCAACUAUUUUGCUACGUGGAUGGUUAGAAUGUAUCACUAGGUUCACUCU